AUGUCUGAUAAAGUUAGAUACUACCUAGAGCAGUCGGUUCCAGAACUUGAAGAUCUUAAAGUCAAAGGUCUAUUCGACAAAAAUGAAAUCACAAUGAUCAUGAGAAGACGUACGGACUUUGAACAUAGAAUUACAGGUAGAGGAUCCAGACCAAGAGAUUAUAUCAAAUAUAGUGAAUUUGAACAAAACCUUGAAAAAUUACGUAAAAAAAGAUAUAAUAGAUUAAAAGAAUUUAUUGAUACUAAACCAAGUUUAAGUGAUUGGGCUGGAGUGCGUCGUAUAAUGUUUAUACUUGAUAGAGGUACUAAAAAAUUUCCUGGUGAUAUACAAUUAUGGAAUACAUAUCUUAAAUUUGCCAAACAAAAUGGAGCAAUAAAAGCCAUAUAUAAGAUAUACUCAAGAUUAUUACAAUUACAACCAAGAAAUAUUGAUGCUUGGUUAUCAGCUGCAAAAUAUGAAUUUGAAACUAAUGGGAAUGCAAAAGGUACAAGAUUAUUAUUUCAAAGAGGAUUAAGAUUAAAUCCUGAAUCUGAAAAACUUUGGUUGAAUUAUGCACAAUUUGAAUUGACUUAUAUUGCUAAACUAUUAGCAAGAAAAGAAUUAGGGAAAAUUUUACAAGUUGAACAUGAAAUGGAGUUACCAGAAGCACCUGAUAUCGAGGAAUUACCAGAUGUUGAAGAAGCUUCACCUGCGUUGAGAGGAGAUAUUGUUUUAGCUAUUUUCGAAGCAUGUAUUGAGAAAUUAGGGUUAGGUGAAACGGAGAAAUUUUUAGAUGUAAUUGAUCAAUUUGAUAUGGAUAAAAAUUAUUUAUACAGUAAUAUUUUAAAAUAUAUUCAAGAAAAUUAUCCAGAUGAUAUAAGAACAAAAUAUAUUGAUACAACACUUCCACUAAGGUAUAAUGAUAUUCAAUUGGCCGUGAAUAAAUGUUUAGCUUAUAAUGAUAAAGAAUUAACAAAUAUGUUUAUCAAUAAACUUCGACAAAUAAAAGGAAAUGAGAAGAUAGAAUCAAUUAUACAAUCAAUAAUUAGGAAAUUAAAUUAA